AGAUAUUUCACAUUGCUCUCUUGAUACGGGUUCGUUCUCUCUCUCAAAGUCGAGUCGUCACAAGUUAGUAUGGGAUUACUCCCUUGGACAAAACUGCCCCAAGCUUUUCCAACGCUCGAAACGUUGACAGUUGUGAUCUCUCUCGGACUCUGUUCUUACUUGAUCAUCGGGUUGUUUUACCGUUUGUAUCUUCAUCCUUUGGCCAAAUUUCCCGGCCCCAAAUUGGCAGCAGCAACAUUUCUCUACGAGUUUCACUUCAACCGUCAAGGAACCUUCAUCUGGCAGCUUGAGAAGCUUCACGAACAAUAUGGACCAAUCAUCCGCAUUAUCCCUGAUGAACUGCAUAUCAAAGAUUCUUCGUUCUACGACGAAAUCUACGCCGGAGGCCUUCGUGUUCGCAACAAAGACGAGAGUUUUGUCAAAAUGUUCGGGACACCUCGCGCUCUAGUGGCCAUUGCGGAUCACGCCCACCACCGCAUGCGCCGAGGCUUGCUAGGAGAAUUCUUCUCUAAGCGGUCUAUCGUCAAUAUGGAGCCCAUUAUCAACAAUGCCAUUGACAAGCUCUCUCAGAGGCUAUGCGAUGCUUGCAAGACAGGGGUGGUAAUCAAUAUGGAUGCUGCGUUCGCCGCCAUGACAGCCGAUGUGAUCACACGCCAUGGGUGGGGCCAGAGUGGAAACUAUCUGGAGCAUGGCAAUUUUAACAAGCAAUGGAAAGAUGCGGUAAUUGGUACUAUGGGCAGUCGUGUCUUGUUCCGCCAUUUUCCAUUUAUGCUUAAUGUCCUCACGGCCAUGCCAUUGCCUCUGCUCCUGUGGAUUGACCCAGACGUGGCAGAUAUUCUGAAGAUUGAGGAUCUGGUUCGACAGCUUUCACUUGAGAAUGUCAGCAGAGGUGCGGCCCAAAAACAAGAGAACAAGACCAUUUUUGAUGCACUCAACAACCCCGAUCUACCACCGGAUCAGCGCACUGCUGAGAACUUGGUCGACGAAGGUCAUAUUCUCCUCUUGGCUGGCACGGAAACAACUGCUAAAGCACUCACCACCGGACUCUGCUAUCUGUUGUUACCAGAGAAUAAAAACGUGCUCAUAGCCCUGCAGACAGAGCUGCGACAAGCGUAUCCAGAUGUUUCCACUUGGCCGACAUGGAACGAAGUUCAGAAACUUCCAUACCUAACGGGUGUUAUCAAUGAGUGUCUUCGCCUGUCACAUGGUCUGAGUUGUCGCCUGCCCCGAGCUGCACCGAAGGAGACUUUGCAGUACCAGCAGUGGCAAAUACCACCGGGAACUCCCGUCAGUCAGACCGCAUACUUUGUCCACAUGGAUGAAUCUCUCUUCCCCGAUCCUGAAAGAUUCGAACCUGACCGCUGGAUCCGGGCUUUGGAAGAAGGCUAGCGCCUCGAGAAAUACAUUGUCUCUUUUUCUAAAGGAAGCCAGCAAUGUAUUGGAAUCAACAUGGCCUACGUCGAAAUGUAUCUCACACUAACCCACAUCAUGCGGCGCUUUGACUUUGUGCUACACAACACUUCUGUCGAUGAUGUCCGUCUCUUCCGGGACUUUUUCUUCGGCGCGGCGCAGGAUGGCUCGGUAGGAGUUCGGGCGGUUGUUGUGGAUGUCAAGAGCUGAAAGAAUAUGACGAGCCUAGGACUUCUGUAGCUCUUGGGAGCGAUACUAUCUGGUACAGCAUGAUUGUAGGCCAAAUUUGAGCGGCGAAGUUGGAUCCCAGCAGCUAUUUGCAAACUGAAUAUACUUGAAAUCGCCAAACCAAAUUAUCUCAAAAUCAAGUAUCACUGCA